AUGAUAACCUAUGUUGGCGUCAAGCUCGCGGUGCUCGAGGUUUGGUUCAGGGUCCUGAACGACAUGGGCGAGGAAAGGUCGGAGGACAGGGUUGCGAACCGCGGCCGUUCGCCACACCCUGUGCCUCCUGUGCGUGGAGAGGUGUUUGCUGCAUUGGCUUCCCCUGCGCGGCCACCGCCUUCUGGUCUGAUCCGCCGAUAUGGCCGCCGCCGUCAUCGGGCAGUGCGCGUGUUUGUUCACCCUGAUGGUCGCUUGAUCGAUGACAGCCGUAUCGGGACUCCGCGACAGGAAGCAUAUCGCAUUCUCGGGAUUCGCAACGGCCCUGGCCGCCGCCAAGGGGCGCCUGUGAAAAGAGCGUCCGCUGUUCCUGCAACAGGGACCUCUCUCUCUCUCUCUCGCUCUGAUAGUCCGCAGAAGAUCGCUUCCCAAGGGAAGCCGAUCGACUGCGGAAAGUUCGAGGAUAUCGCCGCCGCGACGGACGUCGAUGAUAUGUUUUCUUUUGUUUUCAAUAUCUUCGGUGCUGGGCCCAAUGGCGGCGAGGAGCUCCCUGAAGUUCGGAGUUCCGUCGUGCCACAGCUGCUGCGCGACUGGCUCCCCACGGGAAAGGCCCCUGAACCUGACGUCGACUGA